UUCAGUUAACUUCUACCGAUUUGUUGCGUUUGUCGUAAUUUCACAAUUGCUUGAAUUAAAUUAAAUAAAACACGGUAAAAACUAAACGAAAUUGAAUAAAAAUUGCAUAUCAAUUGCAAGAAAACAUUACAGUUUGUGAGUGAAUUGAAAGAUUUGUGAAUUUCAACAAAAAUAAGCUGCAAUUGUACAAAAACCAAAAAACAGAAUACUGCUUUGUGGCUCGGUGUGUUUGCUUUGCUUCGCUUCAUAGUGUUGUGCGGUAUUUAGUGUUUUUGUUUUGCACAGCCACAGCAGAAAGACCAGCGUGUUUUGUUAUUCUUGUAUUCGUGCAUUUGAGGCAAUUUACGGCCAUAACAGCCAUAGCGGUUCCACAGACCUUGGAGAUCAACACUUUUUGACCUUAAACCCAUACGCAUUACAACAAUGUCUUUGUCAUUUGAUGCUGCUGCCAGUGAAGGUCCCGGCUAUGUUGGCAUUCGUUUCUGUCAAGAGUGCAACAACAUGUUGUACCCCAAAGAGGACAAGGAGGCCAAAGUUCUUAUGUAUGCCUGCCGCAAUUGUGAUUAUCGCCAGGAAGCCGACUCCAAUUGCAUUUAUGUGAACAAAAUUAUGCACGAAAUCGAUGAGUUGACUCACAUCUGUCCUGAUGUCAUAUCAGAUCCAACACUGCCGCGCACUGAAGAUCAUGAGUGCCCCAAAUGUGGACAUCGCGAGUCAGUAUUUUUCCAGGCCCAGACUCGACGUGCUGAAGAGGAAAUGAGACUGUACUAUGUGUGCACCAAUCAGAAUUGCACCCAUCGCUGGACAGAAUAAAGGAGCCGGGUAGCCGUGAUUUACAAGUUUGCAGAAUUUCUUUCCUUUAAAUCUGUCAAGCUAUUUGGAAAGCUACCUCAUGCAUAUAAACCUUAUUUUCCAGCUAAUUACAUUUCUUUUUAUUUUCUUUUAAAAUCAAUAAAUAAACACCUUUUGGACAUUGAAA